CGCCCCCGAUCACCAUCGCGAAGUUGGCGGGAGCCUAUAAAAGCCGGGGACGGUGCGACCCGCGGACACACACGGUGCUGGCGCCCUAACAGCGGCCACUAGACGAGACACCAACUCCUGCCUUGCCCCGACCGCCCGCGCCACCAUGUCCCAUCACUGGGGGUACGGCAAGCACAAUGGGCCUGACCACUGGCACCAGGAAUUCCCCAUUGCCAAGGGAGAGCGCCAGUCCCCAGUGGACAUUGACACCAAAACAGCCAAGUAUGACCCAGGCCUGAAGCCCCUCAGCGUCAGCUAUGAGCAAGCUGCUUCCCGGAAGAUCCUCAACAAUGGCCACUCCUUCAAUGUGGAGUUUGAUGACAACCAAGACAAGGCCUUGCUGAAAGGAGGUCCCCUGGAUGGCUCUUAUCGGCUGGUUCAGUUUCACUUUCACUGGGGCUCCUCUGACGGCCAAGGCUCUGAGCACACUGUGGAUAAAGUGAGAUAUGCUGCCGAGCUUCACUUGGUUCACUGGAACACCAAAUAUGGAGACUUUGGAAAAGCUGUGCAGCACCCUGAUGGCCUGGCUGUUCUGGGUGUGUUUUUGAAGGUCGGCAGUGCUACAGCAGGGCUUCAGAAAAUUCUCGAUGCAUUGGAUUCAAUUAAAACCAAGGGCAAGAGCACUGACUUCACUAACUUUGAUCCCCGGGGGCUCCUUCCUGGAAGCUUGGACUACUGGACCUACCCAGGCUCUCUGACCACCCCUCCUCUUCUGGAAUGUGUGACCUGGAUUGUGCUCAAGGAACCCAUCACUGUCAGCAGUGAGCAGAUGUUGCAAUUCCGCAAACUUAACUUCAAUGGAGAGGGUGAACCUGAAGAACUGAUGGUGGACAAUUGGCGCCCAGCUCAGCCACUGAAGAACAGACAAGUCAAAGCUUCCUUUAAAUGAGGAGGCUGGAGAGCUGGUGUCCAAGCAGCGACUCUUCCGGUGUUUCUCAAUAGCUCAGCACAAGUCUACCUUGGUGAUUUGGACCCCAGCUGCUUUGUGUCUGGUCUCGUAGAUCCUUCAUCUCUCACCUGUUGUGCUUACUAAUAAAUGUGAAGAGCAAGAGCAAGAGUCAUACCUGAGGGAAGUACUGGGAGAGUUGAUGCGUGCUUUAUUCCAUAGCCCUUUUGAAAUGGGAACCAAAUGCAAAGGACAGAAAUGUGACUUUGUCCACAGCAUGCAGAGUGAAUGCUCUUUUUAAAACAUAGGAAUGUAGAAUGGUUGAGUGCAAAUCUGUAUUAGGAAACAAAUUGGAUUAAGUAAGUAAACCAGGCCAAAUAGUAAUGAUUUUCUGUACUGUGAAUCAGAUAAAAUAAGCGCUCAUGAUUCUAUGAUGUUAUAUUAAUGAAAGAUAUUUUUCAAAUUCUUAUAUAUUUGUAGCAAAGUUAUCUUAAAUGUGAAUUAUGUUAUACUUUAGUGACUUUGGAAUUCUAGAAUGAAGUGACUGAAGUGUGAACUAUAAAAUUGUAAUAGUUGUGAUACAGAGUAUAUUUCCAUUCAAAUAUCAUAACUUAAUAAAUAUUGUAUUUUCGAUAUAUUCUCUAAUAAAAUUCAGAAUUAA